UAGCUAUCAAAAGUGCCACCAGAAAGAAAAGAAAAAAAAGAAUCUCUGUGAAAAAACAUACAAAAACAUCAAUGGCUGUCUUGUCUAAACCGGCUGCAGAACCAAAACCCGGGUUUUCUCCAAUACCGGUUAUAGAUAUCUCUGACCCGGAAUCCAAACACGCCCUUGUCAAAGCCUGUGAAGACUUUGGGUUCUUCAAGGUGAUUAACCAUGGUGUUUCCUCUGAGCUAGUCUCUGUUCUUGAACACGAAGCUGUUGAGUUCUUCUCAUUGCCCAAGUCAGAGAAGACCCAAGUCGCAGGUUAUCCGUUUGGAUAUGGGAGCAGAGAGAUUGGUCGGAAUGGUGACGUGGGUUGGGUUGAGUAUUUGUUGAUGAAUGCUAAUCUUGACUUCGGUUCGGUUCCAUUCCCAGGAAUCUUCAGAAAUGCGUUGCUAGAGUAUACAACAUCAGUAAGGAAAAUGACAUGCCAUGUUUUGGAGAUGAUGGCAGAUGGGCUAGGGAUCAAACCUAGGGACACACUUAGCAAGCUUGUGUCUGAUCAAAACAGUGAUUCAAUGUUCAGACUUAAUCACUAUCCACCAUGUCCUAUUACCAACAAAACUACUAAUGGUGGCAAGAAUGUGAUUGGUUUUGGUGAACACACAGAUCCUCAAAUCAUCUCUGUCUUAAGAUCUAACAACACUUCUGGUCUACAAAUCAGUCUUACUGAUGGCUCCUGGAUCUCUGUCCCUUCUGAUCCCUCCUCCUUCUUCUUCAACGUCUGUGACUCUCUCCAGGUGUUGACAAAUGGGAGGUUCAAGAGCGUGAAGCAUAGGGUUUUAGCCAAUAGCAGGAAAUCUAGGGUUUCUAUGAUCUACUUCGCUGGACCUUCGUUGACUCAAAGAAUCGCUCCGUUGACUUGCCUUUUAGACAAUGAAGAUGAGAGUUUGUACAAAGAGUUCACUUGGUCUGAGUAUAAAAACUCUGCUGAAAACUCUAGGUUGUCUGAUAAUAGGCUUCAACGAUUCCAAAAGAAACCUGUGAACGUUUCAUAAGUUUUUUUGUUCGUGAUUUGUAAGUUGAAAUACAAAUCUAAAAGUGUGCCAUAUAUAUAUCAUCUGUAUAUGUAUGUUUGAAGUUAAAUAUUGAUCCAAUAAUUGUGAAAAUGCGACGUUUUUUUC